CCCAACACUGCACCGGUGCGCUCAAAAGCGAGAGCGCAGACGGAGCGGAGAGGUUGCUAGUAGAGAACUGAAAAAGAACGAGCAGAGAAAGCUUUUUGCAGUGAAAUGUGGGUGAAAUAACAGCACCUUGCUAGCGCAGCAUCAGUGUCCGAUCAGCGGUAAAACGGAGCGCCUGUUCGUCCCCCCGCUUCAGCACCGCAGGGAGGAGACACGCAGAGGAGGAAAGAUUCCCCUAAACGCAGUGAGAGCGUCGGAUGAGGAGAAGAGGAGAGCGGAGGGCAUCGGAUAGGAAACAACAAGGAUGGCAGCUCCAGACUUAUUGGACCCUAAAUCCGCCACUCACAACACCAAGCCCCGCCUCUCCUUCUCCACAAAGCCAAUCACACUGACUCCCCAGGAGGAGAGUGAGGUGAGAGACAAAAGAGAGAAGUUACACAACCAGAUUUUAAAAGUGGUUGCCACAGUGAUGAAAUGGAAGACGGUGACAGCCAUCUUUCUUUUGGUGGUUCUGUACCUGGUGGUGGGAGCAGCAGUCUUCAGAUCCCUGGAGCAGCCUCAUGAGAGUGCCCAGCGUUUGGCCAUCCUGUCCCAGAAGCUGGAGUUCCUGUCCAGACACUCCUGUGUCAACCAGAGCCAACUAGAGGAGCUGGUUAAGCAAGUUGUGUCUGCUAUCCGUUCAGGAGUGAACCCUGCAGGGACACUGACCAACCACAGCAGCCUGUGGGACCUGAGCUCUGCCUUCUUCUUUGCUGGAACUGUGAUCACAACCAUCGGUUUUGGGAACAUCUCUCCCCACACAGAAGGUGGAAAGAUCUUCUGCAUUGUCUAUGCGUUGCUAGGGAUACCUCUGUUUGGCUUCCUUUUGGCUGGUGUAGGAGAUCAGCUCGGCACCAUAUUCGGCAAGGGCAUCGCCAGAGUGGAGAAAAUGUUUGUGCACUGGGACAUCAGUCAGACAAAGAUCCGGGUCAUCUCCACCUUGCUGUUUGUGCUGUUUGGCUGCCUACUGUUUGUGGCGCUCCCAGCAGCCAUCUUUAAACACAUUGAGGGUUGGUCUGCGCUGGAAUCCCUUUACUUUGUGGUCAUCACCUUGACUACCAUAGGAUUUGGAGACUUUGUGGCAGGUGGUUCAGACAUAGAGUACUUAGAUUACUAUAAACCAGUUGUAUGGUUCUGGAUUCUGGUGGGACUAGCCUACUUUGCUGCCAUCCUCAGCAUGAUAGGAGACUGGCUCAGAGUCAUCUCCAAGAGGACGAAAGAAGAGGUAGGAGAGAUCCGAGCUCAUGCCGCAGAGUGGACGGCUAACGUCUCAGCAGAGUUCAAAGAAACACGCCGACGUGUUAGCGUUGAUAUCUAUGAUAAGUUCCAGCGCGCCGCCUCAAUUAAACGUAAACUGUCCUCGGAGCUGGGAUUCAGCUCUGGCCCUGAGUUCACUCUGCCCAAGAGGACCGUGUCGGUCAAUUUCAGCGAAGAACGGGACAGAAACGAGAGGGAGGCCGAGCUGAUGGGCCUGACCACACCUAUGGCUAGAAACGGCAGUUUGUUCAUGAACGGUUUGGACCCAGAGAGAGGAGAUAUCUCAGUCAUUGAACACCUCAAGUAGAAAGGGAACGGUCAACACCUUUUAAAUCUUUUUCCAUUUGUGAACAUUGGUGUUAUCAGUGCUGAGAAUGACAUGUUUUUUUUAUUUUCAAAGCAAGAAAAAAUGAGAAUGUGGUACUUUGUGACCUGAGCAGGGACAUCUUCACCUCUCUGCGGUGAUGUAAGCCUUGCUUAAGAAUAGUCAUUCAGUGGAUCUUUGACAACAGAACAUUUUCACCACCCAGUGAAACAAAGAGCAAGAAGAAAACAGAACAUGUGUUGAUCUUGUUGAAAAAUUGCAUUUACUGGGUGUCUGUAAUCUAAAUCUCACUCAGGUCUUGGGAUAAAGCAAAGUAGCCCAGUUAACCCUUCUCUAAAGGGACAAAGAAAUCUAACAUUUCCAACAUAACAUAAAACUACAGUAUUUGGUGACCUAAUAUGUCCAUGGUGCCUGUCUGUGUUUGCAGCAGAACUUA